AUGACUUUGGUCAAUAAAAGGCAGAAUAAGUUAAUGAUCCGAUUCCAGCUGUUAAUUAAUCUUAGUGGCUUAGGAACUUCCUGUACAGAAGCCAAAGAUCCGGGUCCUUGUAGAGGUUCCUUCCGGAGAUGGUACUUCCAUCCGUCUGACAACACAUGUCGGAGGUUUAUAUAUGGCGGUUGUGGGGGAAAUGGCAAUAACCACAGAUCUUUAAAGAGCUGCCUGGAUGCUUGUAAUGAUGUUUUUCUCUUCUUUUAUUUUUGUGUUUUGGUGAGAUCGGCAAUAUCGUCGGUGUGUCAUCUUCCAAAGGAUGUGGGUAUGUGUGACGGAUUAUGCCCUCGAUGGUUCUACAACGCCCAUACGCACAGGUGUGAGGAGUUUUACUAUGGCUGCUGUGGUGGAAACGCAAACAACUUUAGAACGGAACAGGAAUGUUUGAACUCAUGCAAUAACGGUUGCCCGAAUGGUCAAUCGAACAUAUUUUGUAAAGCGCCUGCCUGUCAAGUGACGUCAUGUCCAAAUUAUCCCCGUGCCUCUUGCAAAGAGGUGUGUAACGGCUGUGUGGCCAUUUUCACGUCGAAUGGGGAAGAUGUCACAAGCACGUGUCAGUCACUGGGAUACUGA